AUGCGAGCGCGCCCUCGAGGGAGAGGACGGGCCACGCACGUUACUCGCGGUCGCGGCAAGCCACCUCAACCUGCACUUGGUGGUGCACGCGUGAGGACCACGAAGCACACAAACGCCCUCGCCGACGCUCACACCGCCAAGGGCGCGCAAGACGCAACAGUUGCAUUGAACAAACGUGGGAAAACUACGACGCGAACG